CUAAAAUAUUUUCCUCUCCGAAAGCAAGCAAUCCCAGGUCUCCGUCACCGGCCGUUAUGCUUUGGAUCUGACUCAUUGCAAGGUCAACACUGCCACGGUGCCGCAAGGACAUGGCAAUUUCCCAGUCACAUGAUCGUAACCACAAUUCACAUGCCAAACGCCUCCGAAAUAGCUGACACCCGCGAUCCACAAGCCGCUCUGACGAUCCAAUUUGUCUCUCAUGCGAGAUAAGCAGAGUGCACAGUGCAGAUUCAGGCACUGGUACGUACCACGUACUUAUCAGGACACCACGCCACAGGCAAAGUCACUUCAAACCUCCCGCGUUAGCGAACUCCUCCCGCUCUCCCGUUUCGAAGCUUGGGUUGCGUCAGCCUUGCUCAAACUUUUCCACCGAGCCUCACCCAUACCCAUAUUUGUUGGGCCCCUAUCAAGGUCUUCCGCUCUCAUGUCAUUCCCUACGUCUCCUAUUGGCAAAAAUGCCAUUCUCCGACCGUCACCGUGGCCUUUUCCACUGCUCGAUUUCGCGGCUAGCCUGCGAUGCCCAUAAUUUUGCACAUUUUGGGAAUAUCUGACAAACCUCCGACGCCUCCACCACGUGCAAAGACGGUUCCGUCUGUUAUCGAAGGCGUGGGUCCAUGGGUGAUGAAUUGUUCUUAUGCAAUUUGAUUCAAGCUUUCCGUUGUGCCCAAACCUCUAUCACGGCAGACCCGUCGUCCAUUGCCGCUCCUGCGGGGGGCAGAAACAUGUCCGCUAUGGCUUCUGACAUUUUUACUCCUGAAGAUUCCCUCUUCUGCAAACGUGCCAGCUCGUGAUCUUCAGGCUCUUCGAGGGCUUUCUGCCGGGCGCAUUUGUUGCGUUCAGCCAUUGCUGCCUCAUAACCUGGUCGUUGGCCAACGAUAUCCGGUCGAUUCUUUGUUCCAAUAAUUUUCCUUUGUCGCCAUUUGGGCUGGAAUUCCCCCCUUUGCCACAUCUUAAUCUUAUUACUUCCCUGGUCGAUGCUCGCCAGGUCGCGUUUGUUCUCUGAUAUAAACGGCUCUUUGGUGGCCCGUGGCCAUGGCUGAAAGAUAUAUACAGUCGCCAACAUCCGAGAACGCCAGCAACGAUUCCGACGCAAACCCUACACGUCGGCACAGUCUCAGAGGCCUCAGGCAUGGGCACAGACAACACCAAAAGGUCAAGUUCUCCGAUGUUGCUGACGAUGUGCGAGAUGCCCUCGUCGAAGCCGGCACGCACGGAACGGUCCCAGCAAUUCGCUUACCUGAUUCUGAAGACGUCGCCGACCACGGCCUUCCGGCCGCGGAUUGGGCUGGAAUCACAAAUGCUGCCGCCGCUCAAGCCCAGGACCGUGCCAGUCGCCUAGCCAAUAGAUUAAGCCAUUCUCAAGCACAACCGAGACCCCAUUCAGGGAUUCUUAUUUCUCAAAGCACGACUCCUCAAACGUUGGCAUCUCCGAAUUCAUCCCCUCCUUCGAAGCCACUGAGCGACUGGCCUGUUAAUGACGAUGACAUUCCCCUAGAACCACUCGAGAAGGACAAACGCCCCUAUACGUUACACGAUGCGACGAGUGAUGACGACACAGACAGCGAAGACCCCAAGGCUCUGCACCGUGACAACGAGAACGUCGAAGAAGCAAGAAGGCUUAUUAGAACACUGACCAGCGGUCAUAAUGCGACAGCAUGGCAAGACGAGUCACGGUCUGGAGCAGAGACGCCUGCGGUGGACAAGCACCUUCACGAUUUGGACUAUGUUCCCCCUCCAGAUCAAUACCGUCCCAGUGUCUUUGGCGCCCUCCUUGCCUCAAAACUGGCACAUUUACAGCGGAACGGAGUUACUCAUCCGACAUACAAUGAUGACUCCGCCCCACGCCCGCCCAACAAAUACUCUCCAAAAAGCUUCUAUUCCAGAAGCCAUUCUCGUGCAGGUUCUGAGAGCCGUGAUCACUCUACGCCAUCAUCUGGAAGGGCAACUCCCUCCAAAAGGCCAAAGUGGUAUGAUAAAGACAGCCAUGAACGGCAAUCAACUGGUUCCCUGGCAACCUUAUUGGCUCAAGCAUCAAUGACCUCGACAGCAGCCGCUGCACCCCAAACCAGCAAUUACGUGCCUCGGCCACCGUAUCACCAUGCAAAAUCCUCCAGCGGCAUGAUUGCGACGGCGGUCGACAUGAUUAAGCACCCGGCAAACUAUUUUAAUCACAAAUCCACGCAGUCCUUGCUGGUAGACGAGGAGCGAGUAAUCCUGGACGUUGCCGAAAUCAUCGCUUGUCGGAAGUAUCUGAAGAAAUUGGCACGAUGUUUAAUGGCAGUCGGAGCACCCACUCAUCGGCUUGAGGAAUAUAUGAAGACCUCCGCACGAGCACUCAAUAUUGACGGCGAUUUCCUGUAUAUGCCAGGGUCGAUGCUGGUCUCGCUCAACGAUAGGGUUACCAUGAGCACAGAAGUCACCCUGGUAAAAGAGUCGCAGAAUGUGGAUCUCGGGAAGUUCAGAGACGUCUUCGACGUAUACAAGCUGGUCAUUCACGGCAAAUACACGGCCGAACAAGGGACGGCCGAUCUAGACGACAUCAUGAAGAAACGCGGCCGGCAUUCUCUUCCCCUACGGAUUUUUGCAUAUGGUAUCGCAGCCAUUGCGGUGGGCCCCUUUGCUUUCUCCGCUCGACCAGUUGACUUUGGUCCAUGUUUUAUCUUGGGGUGCACUCUGGGCUGGUUGCAGCUUGUGGUGGUAACCCGCUCAGAACAGUUCUCGCACGUAUUCGAAAUACUUGCCUCCGUCCUCAUCUCGUUCGCCUCGCGGGGCCUGGGUUCUAUCUACCACAAAGGCACCGCCGUUUUCUGCUUCUCGGCUAUUGCGCAAAGUAGCAUAGCCCUUAUCCUGCCGGGGUACAUGGUGCUGUGCUCCGCGCUGGAAUUACAAAGUAAAAGCAUCGUUUCGGGUUCGGUCAGAAUGGUAUACGCCAUUAUAUAUUCACUGUUUCUUGGUUUUGGGAUUCUGAUUGGUACAGUUGUCAUGGGUCUCAUCUAUCCUCAAGCACAGAGCGACGUGACCUGCGACAUACCAAUCUGGUGGAACGAUUCCAAUCACGGACCCAAGCUUUUGUAUGUCAGGUUUAUCUGGGUCCCCAUAUUUGCAAUAUGCCUUGCUAUCAUCAACCAAGCAAAGUGGAAGCAAAUGCCGGUCAUGACUGUUGUUGCUUUUGUUGGCUAUCAAGCAAACUUCUGGAUCUCGACCAAACUUUCGAACAACAUCCAGGUGGCCAACGCGAUCGGCGCCUUCGCAAUCGGGACAAUGGCUAAUCUAUAUUCUCGCUUCUUCCACGGUCUGGCAGCUGCCGCCAUGCUACCGGCGAUUUUCGUUCAAGUCCCCAGUGGACUGGCCGCGAGCGGGAGCCUUGUGGCGGGCAUCACGAGUGCCGAUCAAAUUACCGGAAAUGUGACAGGGGUUAGUGUCAUCAAUAACGGCACGGCGGGAUUCUUGGAUGCCCAGAACAGUACAACGAGUGCGAGUGUUUAUGGCGGUACGAUUUUCAACGUUGGGUAUGGAAUGGUUCAAGUGGCAAUCGGGAUUAGCGUUGGCCUUUAUUUGAGCGCUUUGGUUGUGUAUCCAUUUGGCAAGAGGAGGAGUGGACUGUUCAGCUUGUAAAUGUUAUAGCACAUUUUGGCUUGCGAGCGAAAUAUCUUAGGCGUGCACAACUCUAAUCCCGCACAGUUCGCACCCUCAAGGCUGAGUCACAUGCCAAGCCCCGUAAGGCUGCGCAGCUGCGAUUGUCACUUGGAAGCUUUCAAAAUU